AUAGUUUGACAGGAAUUUGACUUCUUUCUGUGGAAMAGUACGAUUUUUGGAUCUGGUGCAUGUUUCUUAUGAUUUUUGCUYCAAUCAUGAUAAUUUAUUUAUGGACAAAUGAAGAGAUCAAAGUGUGAAGAAAGUGGAUGUUACUGAAAGAUUCUGGAAGAAUAUUUUGGCAUUGCUAAAGGAACAGACUUUUUGAACCUGCGUGGAAAAUGUCCCUUUUAAAACAAAAAGGAGCAAAGGGAAACUUAUGACUGAAACACUGCAGGAAUUUGAUCUCUGUUGUACUUUUAACCUUAAAAAUAUCAUGAAGAAAUUAUUAUCUAUACUCUGUUGUCAUUAUUUUUUGUUGAUUUUAUUGCAGUCCAAGUAUCAGGUGUGUGGAAACUCGUCCCAGCUUCCCAAGCACCCAGGGUUCCAAGUUCUGGCAUCAGCUUCACAUUACUGGCCAUUGGAAUACGUGGAUGGAAUUCAUGAGUUUCGUGAUUCAAAUGGAGCUCUAAGAAUCCACAACUUCACUGUGCUUCCUUCCCAUAACUCUACCUUUGUAUAUACCAAUGACUCUGCCUACUCUAACUUCUCUGCAACUGUAGAUAUUAUAGAAGGAAUGGUGAACAGAGGAAUUUACGUCACUGAAGAGAAAGGGGUUACCUUUCUCUUCUUUGGGAGCUACAAAAAUUCUUGCAUUAGUAAUCCAGAAGUUUGCGGACCAGAAGGAGUCACGUUUUCCUUUUUCUGGAAAACUCAAGACCAACAGGCCAAGUUUCCCUCUACCUCUGGRGGAAAAGUCAUUUCCAGUGGUUUCAAAAUCUGUUCAAAUGAAGGGGAAGGCUCUGUGGAAUUUUAUACCCGUGGAAAUGCAAUGAUGAAGUGGAAGGCAAGCUUUAGUCCACCAGGUCCUUAUUGGACACACAUUCUCUUCACUUGGAAAUCAAGAGAAGGACUGAAAGUCUAUGUGAAYGGGACCCUAAACACAACCGAUCCAAGUGGGAAAGUUUUCUAUGACUAUGGAGACCCCAGUGCCAAUCUACUGACUGGGACAGAGGGGGAUCACGCCAAGCGCUAUGUGAAUGGGGCAUUUGAUGAAUUCAUCAUAUGGGAAAGGGCCCUCACUGCCAAUGAAGUUGAGCAGUACUUUACAGCUGCUAUAGGUGUGCAAGUUGUGCUCUCUUCAGCAGUUCCAUGGUCUGUGAUGACAACCACUGCAAGUCCUGUGCUGUCUACAAAUGCCUAUCAUCCCAUCAUAACUAACCUGACUGAGGAAAGAAGGAAGUUCCAUUUCCCAGAUAUUAUGAUGAACUACCUAGGAAACAUAUCAUUCAACUUGCCCAACAAAUCCUUGUCAGAAAACACUGCUCUUCACCUGAGUGAGGCUUUUUUAAAUGUUGUUGGAGAUUUUCUUUCAUUGCCCGUCUGGACUGAUAAAUCAAAGACUGCUCCUGUAUUUGGAGGUUUAGUUGAGACUGUUGACUGUGUGAUGGUGCACGUGGCUCGCCACCUAGAAGAGUCCUCGUUGCCUGUAACCAUUGAGGGCACAUCACCCGUGGCAGAUUACUCCUUGGCAAAAAUGUAUCCUCCGUCUCUGAAUUUGUYCCACUAUCGCUUUCCAUCCAAAGGCCAGAGUUACAUUUCCAUACCCAGUGAAGCUUUCCAUAAAGCAGCCUGGAUAACCAUUGUUGGCCUGCUUUACCAUAACAUGCACUAUUUCUUUCACAAUAUUGACCCUAUGGAUACCAAGAUUCCUGAAGCUGCUGCCUACAAAGGCUAUAUGAUCUCAGCAACCAGUUACCUUAUAUCCCUGAAGGUGGAACCUCCACCUGUGUUGUCUCUCAAUCUCUCAGGAUCUCCUCUGAUUACCAUCCACCUCACCCAUAAAUUGACUUCUAAACAAUACAGCCAAGCAGUGAAUAAGAGCAAUGAAGUCCAUCUUUACUGUGCAUUUCUGGACUACAGCAAUGGAAUUGGUGUUUGGUCCAACGAAGGCUGCGUGCGUGAGAGUGGGGACCUCAACCACUCGGUGUGUCUCUGCAACCACCUCACAAACUUCGCCAUUCUGAUGCAAGUAGUCCCUCUAAAGCUAACGAGAGAACACCAGAUGGCCCUCUCCUCCAUCACUUACAUCGGCUGCGCUCUGUCCAUCUUCUGCCUGACGAUCACGCUCGUCACAUUUGCUAUAUUGUCGUCUGUCAGCACCAUCCGCAACCAACGCUACCACAUCCAUUGCAACCUAUCCUUUGCUGUCCUGGUGGCUCAGAUCCUGCUUCUCAUCAGUUUUCAGUUCAGCCCUGGAACAGUGCCUUGCAAAGUCUUGGCCAUUCUCCUUCACUUUUUCUUCUUGAGUGCUUUUGCAUGGAUGCUGGUGGAAGGAUUUCAUCUCUAUAGCAUGGUGAUCAAAGUAUUUGGGUCAGAGGAGAGCAAGCACUUAUACUACUAUGGAAUUGGMUGGGGCUGCCCAAUGGUGAUCUGCAUAAUUUCUGCAGCAUCAGCCAUAAACAGCUAUGGCGAAAAUAACAACUGCUGGCUUUCACUAGAGAACGGAGCAAUCUGGGCUUUUGUGGCACCGGCACUGUUUGUAAUUCUGGUCAAUAUUGGUAUUCUCAUUGCUGUGACCAGAGUUAUCUCAAGAAUCAGCGCAGACAACUAUAAGGUCCAUGGAGAUGCCAACGCAUUCAAACUAACUGCUAAAGCAGUUGCAGUACUGUUACCCAUCCUGGGAAGCUCAUGGAUCUUUGGUGUUCUAGCAGUCAAUGACCAUGCACUAGUAUUUCAGUAUAUGUUUGCUGUAUUCAAUUCAUUACAAGGAUUUUUCAUCUUCCUGUUUCACUGUCUCCUGAAUUCAGAGGUUAGAGCUGCCUUUAAGCACAAAACCAAGGUCUGGUCACUCACCAGUAGUUCAAUUCGCAAUGUGAAUGUGAAGCCCUUCAAUUCAGACAUUAUGACCGGGAACAGGCCAGGCACAAACCCCACAAAGCUGAACACCUGGGAUAAGAGCACUAACUCAGCUAAUCGCAUUGAUUUAUCAGCAGUCUGACAGUCGUACAAGCUUCUCAGUGGAGGAAAAGUUGAAAAAAAAUCAAGCCAUACUUUAAGGACUUCUGACACAGUGUCCACCAGUAUUUUCACAUAGAAAAUCGCCUUUUUUUUUUUUUAAAUCACUGCCUAAUUGGCAAUUGGCAUAUUGUUUUGUUGAAUAAGUCCUCAUCUGUUUGCCUUCAAAACUGUAACACAAUCUACCACUUGGUUAUUAGCAACAUCUGUAAAAAGUAGCACAAAUAUACACUGGAUGGUUUUGUCGGUCGUGAUGAAAACACGAGCUUUGUAAAAUGACUUCUUACUGGUUGAAUCACUCCCAGUUUCUAGAAUGAAGGAAAGACAGCAUGGAUUUUUGUGUUCUAAAAUGAAAUGAUUCUCACUGUGAUGCUGUAAKAGGGCUACUCUGGUCUUGCUGUGCACUCUGUUUACAUUUAAUAUCUUACAGAAUCCAAUUAUCCAAGUGCAACGGAUACAUAAAGCCAAGAAGCGAUUAAUUUAAAUAUCCCAACAAGCCAGAACUUAAGAAGCAGGUUCUGACUAUUCAGCUCCUAUGGAAAUAGCAAAGCUAAUAUACAUGUCUCUGCACAUGAACAGUGUAUGUAACAUAUAAGAGUCAUAUACAUGGCCUGUGGGUAUUUUAGAUACUCCUCUUUACAUUGUACCUGUACUUCUGCCAUGGAGUUAUGCCUGCAGUUGUAUCACAGUGCAAAGCAUCCGUGCUGCUUCAUCCCAAGCUUUUGGGUGCAAUCAGCAACCGUCCAUCAAGUGCAUUUCACAACAUGCUGGCUUUUGGAAAUCAAAAC